AUGUGGUUCACUUUAUCACGUUCUGUUGACAUUGGGGAGGCCCCGGAUUUUUGGGAGUGGCUUCCGGAUACUGCAGAGGGGUACUCUGUGAGAGGUGCCUAUGAUUUGGAUUUGUUGACUACUGGGGAUGAUCCUCUAAUGGGUUUACCUUUUGAUUUGGUGUGGCAUCCUCAGGUUCCUUUUAAGGUUUCAGUUUUUGCGUGGCAGCUUAUUCGCGAUCGAUUGCCAACGAAAGCUAAUCUGGCGACUCGUGGUGUUGUUCCCACGGAUGAUAUAUUUUGUGUUUUUGGUUGCGUUCACGUGGAGACAGCUGAUCAUUUAUUUCUUUCUUGUACUACUUUUGCAUCUUUGUGGCAGCAGGUGCGAGAUUGGAUUGGUGUUUUAGGAGUGGACCAUAACAUCAUUACAGAUCAUCUGGUGCAGUUUACUCAUUUGGCAGGUGUUGGUAAAGCAAAAAGAUCGUUCUUGCAGCUUAUCUGGCUUUUGAGUGCUUGGGUUUUGUGGAGUGAACGUAACACCCGUAUAUUCAAUAAUUUUAUUAAUCUAGUACCUCAAUUGUUAGAUAAGGUUAAAUUGUUAUCUUUGGGGUGGCUGAAAGCUAAUAAGGUUGUGUUUGUGUAUGAUACGCAGAGAUGGUGGGUAGACCCUUUGGCUUGUUUGGGCUUGGCUACCUAG